AUGACAGCUAUACAGCGUGCGGCUACUCUGUUAGUUUCCCAAAGGAAGGCCUGGGACUGCUUGGCGAAGUACUCGCCCGAGGAGCGCAGCAAUGGACUAGGGCUUCGGAAUCUCAGGCUGUACGACGGUCUGCCGAUAUGGAUGCUGGAGUCUGUUGCCGUCUUGUUGGAGUGUUAUAAGUACGAGGACUCGUCUCUGGACGACUUGGAAACUUUUCUAGUAGAUGUUAGUCGUGGGAAGAUUCAGGAGCCCGUCCGUGAAAAGUACAUAUCGCUCGCAGGCCCUAUCGCGAUGAACUUCUUCGGUUAUGACGCGCGACUGGAGGAGCUGAAGAAGUCGAUGGCGGACGAGGCAAGAGCUAUCCACGGCGACUCUGAAGCCUCCAAAGGCUGGCGCGUUCUUGAUAGAGUGUCGAGUGAAUACUGCGAUAAAUUCGGUUUCCCCUUUGACCCGGACCAGCAAUUGGUUCUUUGGGAGUAUGGGUGGGUGUUUGAGGUAUACUGCCUCCAAGAAAUACUAAUAGCAGAGGUUUUGAAUAACAAAGCUAGAGCGACUGAAUUGAAGUCAUUCAGUAUGCCAGGCAUGGUACGAAUGCGUAUGGUGCCAUUGUCGUCUGGCUCUGCGCGAGCCGCAUUCGAUCCGCCCCUCUCUUACCAUGCAUUAGGGCAAGUUACGAGGCCGCAUCGAAUCCCGUCAGCAAGCACGCCAGACUUCCUCCGUCUCCUCUCCGACUCCCCGUGGACGAAGAAACGACCGAUUCCCAGUCUUGUCGCUGUCGCCAGCAUGACAGAGGCGAAUUCCGCAGCUCCGGCAAAGAGCCCAGAAGGCUCCGCCGCCGGCGAAGAAGGCAGCAACCAGCAGCCCUCUGUCGCAAAGACACCAGCGGUCAAGGACAGGCAAUGCAAGUAUUGUCACCAGGCCUUCACGUCGUCGUCCUUGGGGCGACAUCUCGACCAGUACCUCUUCAAGAAGAAGCCCGACGGGAUCCACGAUGUCGAGGAGAUUCGUCGCAUCCGCAGCAGCAUCACCCGACGCCAGGCGCGCUCCUCCAACAAGCGCGACAGCCCCGAUGUUGCGGCCGCAAAGGGCCACCAGCACGACUCGCCAGGCGCCGCCACACAAGAUCCCAAUAAUAGACCGCGAGAAGGUGGGACACGGUUUCUGUUCAACACUCCGACAUGGCAUUCGACCGGGGUGAUCAACGACAUUCCGGACCCGGGCGCAUCGCAAGACGGAACAGUCUCGUCGCGCCUAGCGACGUCGCAGUCGCGUGCCAUGUCGACAGGGCCGCUGGACUUUGCAAGUCGAGGCUCGAGCUCGAAUAAUCCCGAUACGGCCCGGGCUCUGGAACUCGCACUGCGUGAGGUGUUAGAUAACAUCAAGGCUGCGACCGCCAGAACUCGGCCUCGACUGUCGCCUUUCGACUUCGAUCUUCAGGCUCAGACCUUUCCGGCGCUCUGCUUGCACAUGCUUCCGCCUCCUCCGAGUUUGUUCUCGACUCACCCGUUUCCUACUACAAACUCGUUCCCCCUGGAGCCGCCCGGCGUCGGUCAAGUCGAGGUGGUUCGACACGCUCUUCGCGCACACAUCGAACAAUGGCGGACGGAUCAGCUCGCAUUGUUGUCAAAUCAGUCUGGUUCGGCCAAGGGUGGCGUGAGCGCUGAUCCCAACAUGAUCAAUCGGACCGCGCAGCAGCACGAGGAGAUGAGUUCGCGGCAUCUCGAUCUCGCCUAUCAGCACUGGAUGGUUCUCCCGCAGGAGGUGAAACGGCAGACCUGGCAGCUGGAGAUCACGAGGGCCUUUGCGCGCGAAGCCGAGAAGCGCAAGCAACUAGACGCGCAGCUUGCACGCGUCCAGCAAGAAGCAAACCAGCUCCGGGCACAAGUGGAGAAGCUAGGGUCUUGCCAAUGGCCACGGGAGUUUGCCAUCUUCCCACCAGACAUGCUGCCUUUGUCCCGAGAGGUAACACAGGAAUUGAAUAGCAAGGACAGCGGCCUCACCAGCCCUGGUUCCUCCAGGUGGGAUUACGACAACGUCGUGGCCAAGUGGAAACGCGUCGUGAUGCACGACAAGAGCAUGGGUCGGGUCGGGGUAGGGUAUGCCAACAGCAUGUCUGAAGAACCCAGCCAGGAUUCGAGCUCGUCUUCCAGUCGCCAAAAAACAGUACAGACGGCGACAGCUUCCAGUCCUGAUAAUUCGUCUGGCACUGCACUUGGGAAUAAUACAUCAACGAUCAACUCGAACAACCAGCAGACUCCGCCUUACCAGUCCCAUGAUCGUGGAAACUCGGUCAGUGGUCCCCCUCAAGCCAAGCGUCAGCGUCUGAUGAACGGUGGCCCCAAUGACGCCAGUACACCAGAGGGCGAGAAUCAGCAGCAAACUACAGCUGCUAAUAAUAAUAAUAAUAAUAAUAAUAAUAAUAAUACCAACGGCGCCUCUUCUGCGGCGUGGAGUCCAAAUUCGGUUCAGUCCCUUUUGGUGUCCAGCUCUGCUGCUCCGCCGACCACAUCGACGCCUCCGACAACCCGGUUUGGAGUAUAA